GGGUUUGGAAAGGACAUUCUGGAGGGAAAACAGGGAGCAGCUCCAACUCCAUCCCAAAUCUUUCUCAUCCCUCUGGAGCUUCCCCCUCCAUCCUGUCAUCCUUUGGCUUCCCAGCUGGAAUGUCGUGCCCUGGCUGACACUGGAAGCCACACGGGAAAUCGGGAAAAAAUAGGAAUGCAGGAUGCGGCGCCGCCGGCAGCUCACAGCCCCCGAGUGCGCGGCCCUGGCCCGGAGCCCCGAGGGCUCGGCCCCGCUGCGGCACCCCCUGAGCCUGCCCCGAGGAGGAGGAGGGCGAAACCGGGGCCUUCAUCCCAUCCACGGCACGCGGAGACACCCCAGAGCCCCAGACCAGCAGAGGAAGAUCUCGGAUUUCUUCGGGAUCCUGAAGUCGCCGCAGGCGGGAGGCGCUGGGAUGCCGGGCCGUGGGAUCAAGGAGGAGCCCCUGGAUCCCUUCUCCCCUGGAGCUCCUGCUUCCUUCAGCCCCCCCUCCCUCUCCCCGCCUCCCCAGGCCUUGGUGCCACCUCCCAGGCCACAUUCCAGGAAAAGAGCAAUUCCCAAAGCAGAGCAGGAGCUCUGGGAGGAGCCUGAGGAGAAGGUCCCGGAGCUCGGUGGGAUCCGGCAGGAAUGGGAGGAGCUGGAGGUGGAGCCCCUUCCCGAUUCCCACUUCGGGCUGCUGGGCACGCGGAGCUGGCAGGUUCCUCAGGGGUCCAUGGAGGACCUUCCUCCCGAGAUCCUCAGGAACAUUUUUGCUUUCCUGCCAGUUCUGGAUCUGUACCAGAACCUGAGCCUGGUGUGCCGCUGCUGGAGGGAGAUCAUCCGGGACCCGCGGUUCAUCCCUUGGAAGAAGCUCUACCAGCAGUUCCUGAGGAGGGAGCAGUCGGCCCUGCUGAGGGUGGAGCAGCUCCUGCAGGAAUUCUCCAUGGCCCAGGAGCACCAGGGCUGUGUGCUGGGGCUGGUCAGGUUGGUGUCCUGCACAGGAGCCAGGGUGGAUCCCAGCAGGCUUCUCCAGCUCUUGGGAACCCAUCCCCUCUUCCCCAAGGCUCAGUUCUGUGUCCUCAGCAAAUUCCCAGAUUUGCACAGCAAGCCUGGGGCAGAGAAGAUGUGGGCCAUGUUUGCUGUCAUGGUGCUGUUCUCUGAUGGCGUUGGGGACAUCCAGAGGCUGCUGGAAUGUUUCCGGAGCCCGCGCUCGGAGCUGGCCCUGCUGGAGGUCACCGAGGUGCUGCACUGCAUGGCCACGCUGCUGCUGGCCAUGAGGAACAGGAGCAUCCCCAUCUCCAACAGGCUUCACUACAAUAUUUUCUACUGUUUGUAUCUGAUGGAAAAUGCCUCUGGAAUUGUGCAGCCUCUGCAAGAGGGAGGGAUGGAUUUGUGUCCCAGUGGACGGGCUGAUGUCAGACUGACCCAUGAACAGCAGAGGAUUCUGAGUCACAAAAUUGAGCCUGGCCAAACAGUGAAAAUAAUGGCAUUUGCAGGCACAGGGAAAACCUCGACCUUGGUGAAGUACGCGGAGAAAUUCUCGGAGCUGAAAUUCCUUUACCUGGCUUUUAACAAAGCUGUGGCAGAGAAGGGGAAGAUGGUUUUCCCAAAGAAUGUCACCUGCAAGACCUUCCACUCCUUGGCUUUUGGAAGCGUGGGGAGACGCUACAAAGAGAAAGGCAAGCUGAACUUCUCCAAGAUGUCAGUUUAUUCCAUCAGCUUCCUCCUGCGGAACAGGGAGGGCCAGUCCCUGUUUGUGAGAGGGAAAACGGUGUCCCAGACCUUGGGCAACUUCUUCUCCUCCUCAGAUGAGGAGAUCUCUGAGGAGCACGUGCCCCUGUGGUUCAAAAACACUCACGGGAACAUGGAGCAAGUGAGCCCACAGGAAAAGAGGAUCAAUGUGGAAGAGGCCAAAGAGAUUUGGCACAACAUGAAGAAGCUGGAUGGAGAUGCAGAGAAGAAAUACAAGAUGACUUGUGAUGGAUAUUUGAAACUCUGGCAGCUCAGCAAGCCCCAGCUCUUGGGAUACCAUGCCAUUUUUGUGGAUGAAGCCCAGGAUUGCACUCCAGCCAUCGUGGAUAUUGUACAAUCCCAAAACUGUGGGAAAAUCCUGGUGGGAGACCCUCACCAGCAGAUCUACACCUUCAGGGGUGCUGUCAACACCCUGUACCUGGUGCCUCACACCCACGUGUACUACCUGACCCAGAGUUUCAGGUUCGGCCCCGAGAUCGCCUACGUGGGAGCCACGAUCCUGGAUGUGUGCAAAGGGAUCCGCAGCAAAACCCUGCUGGGAGGGAACCAAAGGGGGGACGUGCGGGGAGCCCGGCAGGGGAAGAUGGCGCUGCUGUCCCGCAGCAACUGGAACGUGUUUGAGGACGCCGUGGAAUUCUCUGGGAGAGACCCCCCGGCCAAAAUCCACGUCAUUGGGGGAUUGGAGAGAUUUGGCCUGAGUAAAAUUUAUGAUAUUUGGAAGCUCAGCCUGCCUGCAGAUGUCAGGAAAAACUCACACCUGGAGAUCGAGGAUCCCUUCAUCAGGAGGUGGGCCGAGGCCGAGGGGCUGCCGGGGCUCAGGGAAUUCGCGGCGCGCGUGGACGACAGAGAGCUGGAGGUGAAGAUCUCCAUCGUGGAGAAGCACAGGGACAGGAUCCCCGAGCUGGUGAGCAGGAUCAGGGCCAGCCACGUGGCCCAGGAGGCCCUGGCAGAUUUUCUCAUCGGCACCGUGCACCAAGCCAAGGGCCUGGAGUUCGACACCGUUUGUGUCGCGGAUGAUUUUGUGCAAAUCCCUUCUGUCACUGGGGCCUUCCUGAGGAGAAUGAACAUUGCCCUUGACAGGACCCCUGAGGACGAGUGGAACCUGCUCUACGUGGCCGUGACCAGGGCCAAGAGGUGCCUGCUGAUGUCCAAAUCCCUGGAAAACCUUCUGUCUCUGGCUGGAGAGCGUUUCCUGCGGGUGGAGCUGCUCAGUGAGGCUGGGAAGGACAAGGCUGGAGCUGCUAUUGCUUGUUGUGUGCCAGGAUGCACAAAUUCCCUGGAAGUCACCUCGGGGCUGGUGGUGAAGAAGCUCCCGUUGACUCACAGCGACAGCAGCCAGGAUCCAGGGGGAUUCCUUUGCCAGGCUUGCACCUGGCUGUUCUUUGGCUCCCUGACCUCACUCACCUCUGUCCCAGCGAUCCAGUAGGAGCCCAUCCAGCUCUAACAAAGCCCUCCAGCUUCCCAGAGCUAUCUGGAUGUGGGACAGAUCCUCUUGGCACAUCCCAGCUCCAAAAUCAGGUGGAUGUUGGAGCAGGAUUUCAGCCCAGCUCC